CCCCGUCUCUCUCUCUCUCUCUCUCUAUCUCUAUCUCUCUGAUCCUCCUCCACUCUGCUUCAGCCUUCUUCUUCAGAUAAUGGCGUCUCUGGUUCAGCCGCCGCCGCCACCACCUUCCUUCCGCCGCCGCCGCAUCAUCCCCUCUACCGCCGCCGCGUCGCUCUUCUUCGGCCACUCCCUUCCCCUCAGGUGCAGCCGGCGGUCGGAGGGGAGCGGGCGCGGUCUCUCGCGUUCCGCCGGGUACCGCUCGAUCGAGUGCAGCAGGGCCGCUCGGGCGAAGGAAUCGCCGCCGUCCCCGACCCCGGCCUCGCUCGCGCGGGAGCCUCACAAGUACUUCGACCGGGCGGUCGUCACCGUGCGGUCCGGUGACGGGGGUCACGGCGCGGUCCUCGGCAUGCCCGGCCAGGACAGGGCCUCCGGCAAGCAGCGCGAGAAGGAGAGGACGAGGAGGAGGCGCGGCUCGUUGAAGAGGGACUUCGAUGGCUCGCUCGUGCUCCCCGUGGGCGGACACGGGGGCGACGUGGUGGUCUACGCGGACGAAGCCAGGGAUUCGCUGCUGGAGUUUCACGGGAGGAGCCGGUACAACGCGAAGCGCGGCGGGAAUGUGGACGCGAUGGGUGUUUUGACGUCUCUAUUGCACAAUGGAUUCGCUGCUCCUGCUCUGCGCAUUCCCGUGCCUGUAGGAACAGUUGUCAAACGUAAGCGAGGGAAGUUGUUGGCUGAUUUGGCAAAUCCAGGGGAUGAAGUUCUUGUCGCAAGAGGCGGACAAGGAGGGAUUAGCCUGUUAGAAAUUCCUGAACAUAGAAGGAAGAAAUUGAUGACGCUUACGACCAAUGUUAUGAGAGAUGACAGUGAUAAGGUUCUAGUUCUUGGUCAGCCCGGGGAAGAGGGUCUUCCGAAUGCUGGCAAAUCAACUCUCUUGGCAGCCAUAACACAUGCAAAACCUGAUAUUGCUGAUUACCCAUUCACAACUUUGAUGCCAAACCUUGGGCGCCUCGAUGGUGAUCCCAAUUUAGGGGCUGGGAAAUAUUCAUCUGAAGCAACAUUGGCAGAUCUGCCUGGUCUGAUAGAAGGGGCACACCUUGGGAAGGGACUUGGUCGCAACUUCUUAAGGCAUCUAAGGAGAACUCGGCUAUUAGUCCAUGUAGUUGAUGCAGCAGCUGAGGACCCGGUGAAUGACUACAGAACUGUGAAAGAGGAAUUGCGGAUGUACAAUCCUGACUACCUGGAACGACCAUAUAUUGUGGUUUUAAAUAAAAUUGACCUUCCCAAGGCUGGGGAUAGAGUUUCACAUUUGACUCAAAAGAUACUAGAAAUUGGAUCUGAAAGGAAGCCACCUGAGUCAGGAAUGAGGUCUAGCUCUUCCGACAGUGGAAACGAGGAAAGUCUUUCUUCACAUGUUUCUGAUGUCAGAAGGGAUAAAGAAAUUGAGGACUAUCCGGGCCCACUUGCUGUUGUAGCCGUCAGUGUCCUCAAAGGCAUCAGAAUAAAUGAGAUGUUGGAUGAGAUAAGAGCAGCUUUAAGGAAGUGCAAGGAACUCAAUGAACUCUUGGAACUAGCUUCAAGAUCAUAAUGGUAAUGGGGUUGCUAAAUCCUGGAGGUGUUUCUUUAACCGUGUUUUGAGCUAGAAUGCAUUAAGGUGGUAGGCUUUUGUGGCCAUCUGUACAUGCAGACACGGGAAAAUUGGGAUAGCAACUACUGAGCCAGAUACGGCUCGAAGAAAAUCAGGAAACGGUUUCGUCCGUUGUCUUUUUACUCGAGCCGUGUCACAGGACAAAUGAGACCGGUCGCGAUCUCGAGGAGUUUUUCGUCAAUCAACAGCAGCAGACGGUAGUUGAGUUAUUUAUUUCUCAUAGCGUCGACAAUGCCGUCAACCCGACACAAAAGGCGGUAACUUCAGUUUCAUCUUUUCUCUGACUUUUCUAGCGUCUAGUGUCCUCCUUCGAUCGGAUAUUGGUUUUAUCCCUGCGCAAUUUAUACACGUCUCACUCUAUAGUAUGUUCUUCCGUAACUUGAACUAGCUUUAUCUUUAUCUGGUGAGGCAAGUCGAUUGUUGAGAAGGAGUGGGAGGGGAGAUGUAUCAAGUUCGGGUCUGCCUCUGCUUGUUUUUCUUUUUAAUGCAUUAAUUACACAUGAACUGUGCAAAAUAGGCAAAUGCAAUGAAUUCGGCCUUUGUGGAAUAUGUUAUAAUUAAACAAUUAUUAUUCGAUGUGGAAGGGAUCUUCCU